CGCGUGGAGGCCGACCAGCUGAGGAAGUAAAAGUGUCAAUAUUAGUGGAUCCUGAAUCAGCUGUUAGCUGUCUAUCCUCCACAACAUCCACUGAUAACAGCCAUCGUUAACAGGCUAAAUUAGCGCCUCCCAUGAAUAUUGAAGUCAGAGGCACAACAGAUUCACAUCGUUUUCAGGCAGCAUGAACUCCCUCCCAGGAAGAGCAGCAUUGUCCCUGUGCAGGGCCGGUGGGAUGAGGGUCUUCGCCGGUGCGCCGGGUCACCCUGCUGCCCGAUUGGCGGCCUGUCUCCAGUCUGUGCGUGUCUGCCACUCCGGGGCGAACCAAAAGCGCAGCGUCAGCACCAAGAAGCGGGGCUACGACAUCACCAGAAACCCGCACCUGAACAAGGGAAUGGCAUUCACCCUGGAGGAGCGCUUACAACUGGGCAUCCACGGCCUGCUGCCCCCCUGCUUCCUUUCUCAGGAUGUGCAAGUGCUGCGUGUCAUGAAGAGCUACGAAACACGCACCAAUCCUCUGGACAAGUACAUCCUGCUGAUGACGCUGCAGGACAGGAACGAGAAGUUGUUCUACCGUUUGCUGACCUCUGACAUCGAGGAGUUCAUGCCCAUAGUGUACACUCCCACUGUCGGCCUGGCCUGUCAGCAGUAUGGACUGGCCUUCAGGAGACCACGAGGACUCUUCAUCACCAUCCACGACAGAGGCCACAUCGCCACCAUGCUCAACUCCUGGCCUGAAGAAGACAUAAAGGCCAUUGUGGUGACGGACGGGGAGCGUAUCCUCGGCCUGGGUGACCUGGGAAGCUAUGGUAUGGGCAUUCCUGUGGGGAAGCUGGCGCUUUACACAGCCUGCGGUGGCGUUCGGCCUCAGCAGUGUCUCCCUGUGCUGCUGGAUGUUGGCACUGACAACCAGACACUCCUCGAUGACCCCCUGUACAUCGGACUGAAGCACAAGAGAAUCCGAGGAAAGGAAUACGACGAGCUGGUCGACGAGUUCAUGCAGGCAGUGACGGACAAGUACGGGAUGAACUGUCUGAUACAGUUUGAGGAUUUCGCUAACAGCAACGCCUUUCGCAUCCUCAACAAGUACAGGAGUCGAUACUGCACCUUCAACGAUGACAUCCAAGGCACGGCCUCAGUGGCUGUUGCCGGGAUCUUGGCAGCUCUUAAGAUCACCAAGAACAAACUCUUAGACCACACGUUUGUUUUCCAGGGGGCAGGCGAGGCUGCUCUGGGUAUUGCUCACCUGCUUAUAAUGGCCAUGGCUAAAGAGGGACUUACUAGAGAAGAAGCUGCCAAGAAAAUCUGGAUGGUGGACUCAAAAGGUCUCAUUGUAAAGGGCAGAAGCCAUCUUAACCACGAGAAGGAGGAGUUUGCUCAUGAGCACCCGCACCUGAAGACCCUGGAGGAGGUGGUGCACACCAUAAAACCCACUGCAAUCAUAGGUGUGGCAGCUAUUGCAGGAGCAUUUACUGAGAAGAUUAUCAAAGACAUGGCAUCCUUCAAUGAGAGGCCAGUCAUCUUUGCCCUGAGCAAUCCUACCAGCAAGGCGGAGUGCACGGCAGAGCAGUGCUACAAGCUCACAGAGGGCCGGGGCAUCUUUGCUAGUGGAAGUCCAUUUGACAAGGUGGUGAUGGCUGACGGACGUACCUUCUACCCUGGCCAAGGGAACAAUGCCUACGUCUUCCCUGGAGUUGCUUUGGGUGUUAUAGCCUGUGGAGUGCGCCACAUAUCUGACGAUGUCUUUCUCACCACAGCAGAGGCGAUAUCUGACAUGGUAACAGAGGAGCAUCUGGCUGAGGGAAGACUGUAUCCUCCCCUCAGCACCAUCAGAGAGGUAUCCUUCAAAAUUGCAGUGAAGAUUGUCAACUAUGCAUACAAACACAACGUCGCUUCUGUGUACCCUGAGCCUAAAGACAAGGAGGCGUUCGUGCUGUCUCACAUCUACAGUCCUGAUUACGACUCCUUCACUCUGGACACAUACAGCUGGCCAGAGGAGGCCAUGAAGGUGCAGGACGUGUGAUGCUGGUCAUGUCUCUCUCUCCAAACUUAAUAUGCUGCGGUGGCAUCACGUACAGAAACGUUGCCAAUGAUUCUCUCCGUUGAGCUUUUGUUGUUUUUUUUUUUCGUUCAUUUCUUUUUUCCUUUAUAAAUGUUAGUAAGUCUCCCUUUCAGAUGGACGGUGGUCGUCAUGUGUUUCUAUUUUGGUGCUGUAUUAAGUAUCAGUUUUAUUAGUGAAUGUUUUAUCAGUUCUCUGCACUUAAUUGAGUAAAAUAUUUUAUAGCCACAGAACAGCAUCAUAUCAGAUACCCCAAGCACGACCUUUAAACUUUACAAUUUAAACAACACUCCUUUCGCCAGAUUUCCCAGCUGAGACGUUGUAACAUUCAGAGCUCUCGGUGACUCCGAAUCUGUUUCAGAGCUGGUGCACUAAAAACAAAGCAGUGGCUCACAGUAACGCACAAUUCUUCCUCUUGUCUCGACACAAAUGAACAGAAGACUCAUUCUGAAACUGAAAAAAAAAAUAGAAAAACACUUUCUGUGCCUCUUUCUGCAUAGCCUCAGGACAUCACUUCUCUGUGUUGUGAGUUAAAACCUCUGUAUGUGUCAGGCACAUCUGGCUCAUCCCUGCAGCUGCUUCUGUAUAUUUUACACUCCUGUCAAUCUGCACACGCACAGGACUGAACAGACUCCAGACUAAGCCCCGAAUCUUUGUUUCUGUUUCCCUGUGAGAACCAGUUAUUCUUGAUGGGAGGAUUCAGAGUCACCAUCGGGAUGAUUUUGUAUCCUCGGUGUGUGUUGUCCUCUAGUUUGUACAGAACUCUGCCUGUUGUUGUAUUUUUGCCAAAGUUACUGAUGGACUGUAUCCUUUACUUUUAGAGAACACGAGAAGCCUGUAAGCUUUAGUACUGAGAGAUUUGCUUGAAGUUUUCAAAGGGAACAUGAAACUUUUUGAAUAAAAUUGUUGAUAAAAUGA